GCAGCGGCGGCCGCGCCCCUCCCCCGCGCGGCGCUCAGUGCCAGGCGGGAGGCGGCAGCGGUUGGAGGCUUCGCGGGGCUUUGCAGCUGGGACUUCGGCGGCGCCUCGGGCACCCGGGCUCUGACACGAUGCGGCGAGUUGUGCGGCAGAGCAAGUUCCGGCAUGUCUUUGGACAGGCAGUGAAAAACGACCAGUGCUAUGAUGACAUCCGCGUCUCCCGAGUGACCUGGGACAGUUCCUUUUGUGCCGUCAACCCCAGAUUUGUUGCCAUCAUCAUAGAAGCGAGUGGGGGAGGAGCCUUCCUGGUGCUUCCUCUGCACAAGACGGGGCGAAUUGACAAAUCCUAUCCUACGGUAUGUGGCCACACUGGGCCAGUGCUGGACAUAGACUGGUGUCCACAUAACGACCAGGUUAUUGCCAGUGGUUCAGAGGACUGCACUGUUAUGGUUUGGCAGAUCCCAGAAAAUGGACUGACCCUUUCCCUGACUGAACCUGUGGUGAUUUUAGAAGGUCAUUCAAAACGAGUUGGCAUUGUUGCCUGGCAUCCGACGGCCCGCAAUGUGCUUCUUAGUGCAGGCUGUGAUAACGCCAUUAUCAUCUGGAACGUGGGGACAGGGGAAGCCCUCAUCAAUUUGGACGACAUGCAUUCAGACAUGAUUUACAAUGUGAGCUGGAACCGCAAUGGCAGCCUCAUCUGCACAGCGUCCAAAGACAAGAAAGUGAGAGUCAUUGAUCCCAGGAAACAGGAGAUCGUGGCGGAGAAGGAAAAAGCACACGAAGGAGCCAGGCCCAUGCGUGCCAUCUUCCUGGCUGACGGCAACGUCUUCACUACUGGCUUUAGCCGCAUGAGUGAGCGGCAGUUGGCGCUCUGGAACCCGAAAAACAUGCAGGAACCAAUCGCUCUUCAUGAGAUGGACACUAGCAAUGGGGUGCUGCUGCCUUUCUACGACCCAGACACCAGCAUCAUUUACUUGUGUGGAAAGGGUGACAGUAGUAUCCGCUAUUUUGAAAUCACGGACGAAUCCCCAUAUGUCCACUACCUCAACACAUUCAGCAGCAAGGAACCUCAACGAGGGAUGGGCUACAUGUCUAAGCGGGGACUUGAUGUCAACAAAUGUGAGAUUGCUAGGUUCUUCAAGCUUCAUGAGAGAAAGUGUGAACCUAUCAUCAUGACUGUCCCCAGGAAGUCUGACCUCUUCCAAGAUGACCUGUACCCUGACACGGCCGGGCCGGAAGCUGCGCUGGAAGCAGAGGAGUGGUUUGAGGGGAAGAAUGCAGACCCGAUCCUCAUCUCCUUGAAGCAUGGGUACAUUCCAGGCAAGAACAGGGAUCUCAAGGUGGUCAAGAAGAACAUUCUGGACAGCAAGCCAGCUGCAAAUAAGAAGUGUGAUCUCAUCAGUGCUCCCAAGAAGACCACAGACACGACCAGUGUGCAAAACGAAGCCAAAUUGGAUGAGAUUUUAAAAGAGAUCAAAUCCAUAAAAGACACAAUCUGCAAUCAAGACGAGCGCAUUUCGAAGUUAGAGCAGCAGCUGGCAAAGAUGGCGGUCUGAGGCCCGCCCACCUCCACAGUUGGCAGCUGCUCAUUGGUGUGCUCCGAGGGAGGGCAGAAAGGGAGGCACUGCCAUUUGGAGACAUUCCAUUUCAAAUCUGUCAGCCAGCAAUAGGCCACAUUCCAGUAAGAACUCAAUUCCUCUCCCAAAUUUGCAAAAAAAAAAAAAUGAAAGCUGAGCUUUUUAUCAGGAAGCUUUUUGGUGUUUGACAGGCCCAGUGACAUUGAACUUUACUACAUUUAAAUGCCAGAUAUUCUGAAUUUUAGAAAACCCACCCGACCCAGUGUCUUGCCCACAUACCUUUUGAGUGGGGCCAAUACCACCUUUGCUCUGUGUAUUUCUCCCUUUUUAAUGUUGCCAAAACCAAAAGUAGCUUUUUUCUUUGUACUUUGCUACUUUGCAGUAUUUGUGUGGUUGGUUCUUUUGGUUUUUUCCCUUCUUUAUUUGAAAGGGACAGCACUGUGUAUGUUUAUAAACUAAAUGAAGAUGAGAAGAUUAUUUUGUAUAAAGUGUCACUGGAACAAUCAGCGUAGCCACACAGUGCUGGCUCACUUGCAGCACAAACCCAGUCAUCUAAUGACUGUCCAGCAGGGAGACUUGAGAAAUCACGUGGACCCACACACCACCCUCCACUCCGUUGAGUCUUCGAUCAAACAGCUCUUGUCGUCUCUCUCCUAGGAGUGGGUGGUUGUACAGAUGGAAUUUAGCUUCUUGAUGUUUCACAUGAUUAUGAUCUAACCCAAACUAGCAUGUGUUUCUGCAGCUUUGUUCUACGUAGGCUCUGCUGCUUCCGUCCCCUCCAGCAUUGUGGUUCCAUUUCGGUCCAUAUUGGACAAGGGCGCCCAAGACAAGAGGAUGCACAUGUGUUGAGGUGUUCUUGUCCAGUGAAGCCACUUGCCUUGGCCCUUGGGCGUGGUGUGGGGCUUGCACCCAGGAGCUGUGAGUGGAGCCUCUGCCUGGCGGUUGUGUUUCCGACAUCUUCUGUCCCCCACCCCCACUCUGCUGCCUCCUGUCCCUGGAGCCCAACCACUUCUGUCUGCCCACUGCUGGUCAGGCCUAAUCAGUAUGCAGGAUGUGACCUGAGGGCUCUUAAACAUUGUGACUGAGGGAAAAGUCCAGAAGAAAGUAGAAAGGGGGUUGUAGAGAUAGGCUGUAGCUCACCAUGGGCAGGCACUGUCCUCAUCGCCACACAAAUCAGGCUGCUGUUCCCCAGCACUGACCACGACUGUGGAGCACUGUGUUCCCUGGACCUGCAGAGGACAGGCUGAGCCUUACCUGCCUCCUGGGGCAGCUGGAACUGAACUCCUGGUGUUGCAUGUUUGUGAAAGCAGUUGAGCAGAUAGUGUCAGGGGAUCACAGAAGGCAGGCCUUGGCUGUGUCCAUGCUGGUGUGGGCAUAGUGCUGGCUGCAAGCAAAUCCACAGGGUAUCAGGACAGAGGCAGAGUGUGGUGGCAGAUGCUUACAGUGUGUGGGCUGGCUGGGUAGUGUUGUGAGAAGGGCUUGCCAGCUCCGUAGCUCCAGGGCGUCUGCACCUUUGUGGGUUGUGUGUCUGUCUUGUGUUUUAAUGUUGACGUGGAUACCGAGAUGUGAAGAAACAACUAGAGUGACUCCCAGGCACACGGCAUGGACAGCAGUGUGCACUGUUGGGCGAGCAUCCUUGUUCCAGGAUUCGGAAACGUGCUGGAGUCUGGUCGGAUUAAUUAAGUAGCGGUUGUUGGGGCUGGUGAUGGAGCACCAGAGGGAAUGUGGUUCAGAGAGAGGAAGGAGCGAGGAGAAGCCAGUGGCCACAGUGUGUGCCAGGCUCAGAGUAGGCACCUGCUACGUGCUGGAUCUUUCCCUGUCUUGUCGCUGUCUUCCCAGAGCUGUGACACCAGAGGACAGUGAACCGCUCCCAGAUCCGCUCUUAUAGAGUGGCCACAGUGUUCUGUCGAACCACUUGCUUCCAUUUUCAAAGAUAAAAGACGUUGAUUACAA